AUGAAAGAUACUAUGAAAUCUUGCCAACACACGUUGUCAGACGACGUGCUGUACAAAGAAGUUGUUGUCAUUGGCAAUGGCCCCAGCGGUAUGGUGACAUCAUUCAUGCUGGCCGGCAACGUACCAUACCUCAAAGAAAUACCAGAUGACCUGCCCAUAGAUGAGAUGCUCAAAGCCAGACUAUCAAACUUACCACAAGGACAGAGCCUAUACGAAACAGACCUCACGGAGCUGGCUGAAGGGCUAGAAGGCAGAAGCCAAAACCCCAUACCAUUACUGGUAGACAAUCUCUUAAAGCCCUGCGCAGACAUGGGCUUCCAAGCAGAUUCACUCAUAGAAUGGAAGUUCGACAUAGACAAACAGAUAUCACACAUAGUACUUGGACGAGGUCCUCCUGGCGGUUCGUGGAACACAUUCCCUCCUACAGUGCGGACACUCUCACCAGCAGCGUGGCUCUCACUUCCACCGCACUCCGCCCAAGGAGCCGCCAGACUGUCGGCCAGAGCAGUGGCUAACUAUUGCAGGAGAUAUGUUCACGCCUGUAAAUUACAGAAAUACUUCCGCACAGGAGUAACAGUGACCAGCGUGACCCGCCUACCGCAGUCAGAUGGACCCGGGUGCCACAACAAACGGUGUCCACUCAACGCACAGUUUUGUGUUGCUGGGUACGAUAACGUGACGUGCCGGCCCUUCCGGUACACGUGCGCGCGCGUGGUGGUGGCGAGCGGGAGCGCCGAGCGCCCCAACGCGCUGGCGCCGCGCCUCGCCCGCCACGCGCUCCACGCGCUCGCGCCGCUGCAGCGCGCCAUACAGGCCACCGCCAGCCACGCGACCCCGGUGCCGGGCGCGGUGCUGAUCGUGGGGUCGGGUCUGUCGGCGGCGGACGCGGUGUGCCUGUGCCGCGCCGCGGGGCUGCGCGCGCUGCACCUGCACAGGGCCCCGGCCGAUGCUCUCGCCAGGCUGUCGCCGGUCGCCUACCCAGAUUACUGCCAGGUAUUUUACUUUACAUAUUCUUUCACUCGGUACAUAUCUUACCGCUCAGAAAUAUAUGUUUUUCUUUUAUAA